AUGAUCGCUGAAAUGGAUGCGGACAGCGUUGCAGGGUACUUCAGAAGCAAGAGCAUCCUCAUCACCGGUUCAACAGGCUUCCUAGGAAAAGUGCUUGUGGAGAAGAUACUGAGGGUUCAGCCAGAUGUGAAGAAGCUCUUCCUCUUAAUUCGGGCCCCAGACGUUGAAUCUGCGAAGGUUCGGAUUCAAACUGAGGUCACAGGGAGGGAGAUCUUUCGUGUGUUGAAAGAAAAUCAUGGUGCAGGGUUCGAUAAUUUCAUUGAAGAAAAGAUUUGUCCUUUGGUCGGAAAUAUCAUGAAAGAGAACUUUGGAUUAGACAAUUCCCAAUUGAAAGAAUUCUCCAAGGAUAUAGACAUCAUCAUCAGCGGGGCAACGACUACAAAUUUCUUUGAAAGAUAUGAUGUGGCUUUCAACACAAAUGUCUUGGGAGCGAAGCACGUCUGCGCAUUUGCGAAGAAGUGUCCGAAGCUCAAGAUGUUGCUUCAUGUUUCAACUGCCUAUGUAGCUGGUGAAAAAGAGGGGCUAAUAUCGGAGGAGCCAUUCUUGAUGGGUGAGACCCUAAGGGUGGGCACAUAUCUGGACAUCGAAUCCGAGCUAAAUCUUAUCAACAAGACCAAGAGAGAACUAAUAGCCAACCGCUCAACUGACAAGGUUGUGAGAAAAGCCAUGAAGGAGCUUGGCCUCAAGAGAGCACGACACUUUGGAUGGGCAAACACCUAUGUCUUCACCAAGGCAAUGGGGGAGAUGCUGCUAGAACACCUGCACGAGGGCUGUCCGAUGGUCAUCAUCCGCCCAAGCAUCAUAACUAGUACUCUCAAGGAUCCCUUCCCUGGAUGGAUGGAAGGAAUAAGGACAAUCGAUAUAGUGAUUGCCGGAUAUGCCAAGCAGACCAUGUCAUUCUUCCUAGCUGACCUGGAUUUGAUAAUGGACGUGAUUCCAGGGGACAUGGUGGUGAGCGCUAUGAUGGUUGCCAUGGUAGCACACUCGAAGGAUCAGCAAGCACAUAUCAUCUACCAUGUAACAUCAUCACAUCACAACCCCGCAACCUACGCCAUCCUCGCAGAUUCGGGUCACCGCUACUUCUUCGACAACCCACCAUGCACAGGGAGGAAUGGUGAACGUGUGCGACUAAAGAAGAUGCGAUUCUUUAGGACAACUGCGAGUCUAAGAUUGUACAUGGCCAUCAAUUACAAGCUUCCCCUCGAGAUGCUUCACCUAGUGAACAUUACACUUUGUGGUGUUUUCUCACGGCGCUGCAGUGAGUACAACAGGAAAUACAGAUUCCUCACACUGCUGAUCGAGCUCUACGCGCCAUACGUCCUGUUCAAAGGACGCUUUGAUGACAACAACUUGGAGAGACUAAGGAUGGUGAGGAACAAGGAUCAAAAUAACAAUGAAGCCUGUUGGUUUGAUUUUGACCCCAGGUCCAUCAACUGGGAUGACUAUUUCUACAAUGUUCACAUUCCCGGUGUGCUCAAAUAUAUGCAGACUGAGUUACAUUCGACUAGCCAAAAUUCAAACGAUGUUGCUAGGCUUUGA